CCAAGUGAUUUUUGUUCGGAAUUUUAUAAAUAUGAUUUUGAUGAAAAUAUACCAUAUAGCGUUGGCAGUUUGGAGUACAAAAGGUUAUGAGAAUGUGGCAUUAAAUAAACCAACAUGGCAAUCAAACCAGUACAGUAGAGGGGAUAGUAGAUUCCACUCCAGUAAUGCUGUAGAUGGUCUGAAAACUAACCUUGGAGCUUUGGGAGGACAGUGUGCUUUAUCAGAUAAUGGAUACACAACCGUUACCUGGAGGGUAAACUUGACGUCAAUCUACAGUAUUCAACGCAUAAGAAUUUAUUACAGGACUGAAAACAGGGUGUGGGGUGCAUUUUCUUUGUACACUACAAGAUUUUUGGGGUAUUAUGUUUAUGUAUCAAACACGACAGACCGACUGGAUGGGCAUUUAUGUUUCCACGAUACAAAUUAUACCAGAUCUUCGAUACCCGCCGUCGCCAAUAUAACCUGUCCCGUGCAUGGACAGUAUGUUAUCUACUAUAAUGAGAGACUUCCUAAUAUCAAUUAUCCAAGUGGAUACUCUUCCUACGCAUUUUUAGAACUCUGUGAGGUGGAAGUGUAUGGUUGCAGGGCUGGAUACUACGAAACUAAUUGUUCUCUUCCUUGUCCUGACAAUUGUCUUUAUUGUCACAUCAAAACUGGGGUUUGCUCGUGGUGUAAACCGGGCUAUCAGGGAUAUCAAUGUGAAAAAGAAUGUGGUGGUGACAGAUAUGGACAGGAUUGUGGACAGAGAUGUGGAGCUUGUCUUGAAUAUAAACAAUGUCACCACAUCAAUGGAUCUUGUACUGAAGGGUGUGAUGCUGGGUAUAAAGGGACUUUUUGUGAUAGCGAAUGUUUAGAAGGAAAGUUCGGGAAUAACUGUGAACAAAAUUGCAACGAAAAUUGUGGUAUACCCAAUCAAUGCAACAGGAUGACAGGGAAAUGUGAUGGCGGAUGUCAACCUGGAUGGGAAGGACUUCUGUGCAGUAACGAAUGCUCCAAUAAUCAAUAUGGCAAAAACUGUAGUGAAACGUGUGGUAAAUGUCGCCCCCCUUCCUCCUGUCACCACAUAAAUGGAUCUUGUUUAAGUGGGUGUGGACAAGGUUACCAAGGGAUAGACUGUUUACAGGAAUGUAGCUCAUAUACAUAUGGGUUCGACUGUAUGCAAAACUGCAGUGACAGUUGUGUAAAUAAUACGUGUGACUCCUUUUCUGGAGAAUGCCCAAUAUAUGGGGCUUCCACUCAGAAGAAUAAGGGAAAAGAUCAAGUAGCAGUCGUUGGGGGAAUUGCUGGAGCUUUAACUGCCAUUCUUGUAAUUUUGAUUGUUGUGCUGGUAUUGAGAAGGCAUCAUGCACGCAAAGGUAUGGGGGACAAUAAACAGUUUAAAAGGGCAAUACACUAUGAGGAAGGAGAUAGCGAGGAAAACGUUACAGACGUUGGUCUAUCAUCCUCCAAAAAACGAAAACUUAAGACCUCCAUAAAAGCAAAAGAUGAAAAAUCUCUGAUUAGUAAUAAAGAUGUUAACGCAAUCGAUGUGGAUGAAGAUGAGCUUAUACACGCAGAAAAUCCGUAUGGUGAAAUGUACAUGAAUAAUGUCACCACGCCGGAUAUUCUGAUUAGUCGGUUAGAGCGUAUCAUUUCUGAGAAAAGCAAAGAUGAUAAUGACGGUUUCCAGAAAGAGUAUGCGACUCUACCUUAUGGUGAAAAUCACAAAUGUGACAUUGGAAAGAGAGAUGAAAAUGUUCCUAAAAAUAGAUUUAAGACUACAUUCCCUUAUGACCAUACUAGGGUAAUCUUAAGGACGGAGACUGGAACUGACUACAUAAAUGCCAACUAUAUAGAGGGCGCUGAGAGAGAUCAUGAAUACAUCGCUUCACAAGGACCAAAGCAAAACACUGUUGGUGAUUUUUGGACGAUGAUUUGGCAAGAGAAUGUAUCUGCUAUUGUGAUGCUGACGAAUCUGAAGGAAAGGAAUAAGAUCAAGUGUACACAAUACUGGCCGGAUGGAAACAAACACAUCAAUUACGGAAUUGUAUCUGUGAAAAUGAUCGAGGAAAAAGAGUACGCAUUCUACGUUGUUCGAAAAAUGACUGUAAUCCAAAAAGAGACGAAGAAGUCACGUGUGGUGACUCAGCAUCAUUAUACGUCUUGGCCAGACCACGGAACCCCGGAUCCUCUAUGUCUUGUUGUCUUCCUUGAUCACGUGACGAGAACACGAACCAAUCAGAAUGACUCUCCGACUGUUGUGCAUUGCAGUGCUGGUAUAGGAAGAACGGGAACGUAUAUAGCAAUAGACGCCCUGAACCAGAUAGGAAGAAAGACGGGGAAAGUAAACGUAGCGGAAUAUGUCAAGAAGAUGAGAGAAAACAGAAUGAAUAUGGUCCAGACAUACGAACAGUAUAUAACUAUAUUUCUUGCGUUAAACGAAAUAUACAAAUCUCCUGUGAAUGUAAACACAAUUGAAGAAUUUACUAAGAAGGCGCACUCUCUCUCCAUGGACAAACCAGCUAAUCAGAGCGAACUGCAUAAAGAAUUCCAGCUUUUGAUGAAAGUACGACCAACAUAUGCGGACUCUGAUUACAAAAUAGCUAUAGAAGGAUGUGGCGGUGCACAUACGAAUAGUAUACUACCUUUGGAUAAAUACAGUGUCCAUCUCUCCUCUGUGGUGUCAAACAGAGGAAGCUUCAUCAACGCAAUAUAUGUACCGUCAUAUACCAACAGCCGGGCGUUUUUAGUGACGAAGUAUCCACCGACAGAGGACGCUGUUGACUUCCUGCGCCUGCUCAAUGAUUACGAAUCUGAUACUGUAAUUUGUGUGGACCCACUUAAUGAGAUUGGAUCGAGUACGACAUGGUUACCAAGUCCCUCCUCUUCCAAGGUAGUCUCUCCUUUCUCUGUUCACUAUCAGCAGAAUCAGUUAAGGACCGGAAAUGACGUUGAAAGCACUAUAAUUCACCUCCUUCAGAAUACUUCUGAGGAGGAGGCUCAUUCAAUAACGAUAAUUGAACCGAAAACCGCCAUCAAAACAUCCGGAAACCCUCAAGACACAUCCCAGCUUAGAGGCCUGGUAUCUGUCGCCCUGAGUUCUGAGAAUGAAAAACCGAUUACAGUUGUCAGCAAAGAUGGUGCAUCCCUCUGUGGUGUUUUCUGUGCCGUUCAUAACGUGAUACAACAAAUAAACAUGGACGACGGCGUGGAUGUCUUUACAGCCGUCAGACAGCUUCAAGUUAGAAAACCAGAGUUCUGUGCUAAUUUUGAUGAGUAUGGUCUGGUCUUUAGAUCCGUAUGUGAUCACAUACAAAGUGCUACAGAAAACAUUUAUAGCAAUCAGUAAAAUGGUGGAUCCAGAAGUAGCGAACCUUUAAUAUAUUUUAGAAUUAAUUUCAUUAAAAAUCCCUCUAUUAUUGGCAUUCAAGGAAACAAAGAAACAGUGUGGGAACAUU